AUGUAUCAGAUCAGCCAUUCUCCCGAGUUUGUGUGGCUCAGGAAACAGCUGAAGUUUCACCACCCUUGCAGGACUCCCCCAGAUCUUCCACCAAAGAAGUUUUUCAUGCAGAGAUUUGAUGAUGAAUUUAUCCAGAAGAGACGAGAAGGCCUUGAAAAGUUCCUCAACAGUGUGAUUGCUGAGAAGUUGUACCUGUCGGACUCAGUGCUGCACCUGUUCCUCCAGACAGACUUGACAGGAAGUGAAAUCAGUGACUUCAUCUCAGGGAAGUUGACAGAGGAAUACAUUCAGAGUGUGUGGAAGGCAGGGGGCAGGAAGAAGGUAGACAGAGCUGCUCGUCAAUCACAAUCACAUCUCUCAAUCAGCAUCCCCAACACGUCACAUGACAGUGGUCUCUCAGACAGUGUUUUGUCCACAGAGAGUUUUGUAUCAAUAGAAGCCAGUGAUGUUGAUACCAGCGGAACUUCUUCCAUGAACAGCAGUGUGUCAGAAGAGGAUCCAAAGGGAGAUAACCCCAAGCCAAAAGGAGAUAAAACAGUUCAGCCAAACGGAAGUUCACAUUAUCCAGAGUUGAAAUGUUUGACGUCUCAAGACUUUCGACAUUACAGUAUAAACAGUCAAGAUGGACUAUCUGAUUGAUGAAGGCUUUACAUUAGUGUGACUUUACAUGUAUAUCGGACAACUAAGGUUCAAGCAUCAUGUUUCCACAUCCGGUCCAAGUUGAUAGAUAAACAGUAUUGUGGUGCAGUUACUGUAAAUAACGUAUGAAUAAAGUGUCUUCUAGUCUCAUCUAUAUUAGGGAAACCCGGUAAAACAAAUAGUCCCAGUGUAUUAUGGUUUUAUUAAUCAUGUCAUUAACUUAUGUGCCAAAAAAAGGUAUGUUGUAUUUUAAUUUGUAUUACCAAAAUAGCAAACAAAAAAGAUUAUAUAUGCAUUAAUGUUGGUAAAAAAAAAUCAAAUUUAGCAUUUUACCUUUCCUUGUAAAAUACAGUUUUAAUGUCUUAUGCUGGAUAUAAAAAAAAGGUUUUAGUUGACAAUGGAUAGGUACUUUAGUUAAGACCGACCCGAUGGGUGGGGAGCCUUGGAUUUUAAAAUAGAAAAUAAUUUGAUCGGCAAAAACAGAACCUUAAUAGUAAAUAAUUGUACCUUGAGAGAAAAAAAAUCUCCGACAAAAUCCCGCCUUAUUGGAAAUUGUAGGUUGAUAUACCUUUUUGGUUCCAUAGAACAUGUACAGUUAAACAACAUUGUAAAAUACAGUACAUUUCUUUAGGUACGUAAACAAAAUGAUUAUUUCAUUAUAACAAAACAAAUAAGUACUGACAUCACCUGUGUCUCUAAUAUCAAGAAUGGAAUGUGAUGUUAUUAUUUAUAAUUUGAGACUAAAUUGUCACCGCAACACAUGUAAUGCAAGGUUCAGUUUAAUUAGUUUAUACAGAGAGAGUAUCUCAUAUGAUGAAAUUUUGCCUCAUUUUCAGCAUUUUAUGUUUCAAAUGUUUUUGUAUGUAAGAUGUACAUUAUUUGAUGUGUACAUAAAUAGGUAUUCUACCUCAAUGAAUGUGAUAUGAAUUUGUCUUUUCAAAAAAGUAUGUAUAUUUUUUAGCAUUUCCCUUCAUAAAAAGGAAAUUAUUUCCGCUAAAUAUUUUAUAUUUAAAUAUUUUUAAGACUACUGUUUAUAUACUGAGUUAUAGUAGUUAACCACCUAUGUACAUGGCUAUUUAUUACUUUAAAUCCUAUUUAGCUGUAAUAGUAAGUAGUAUUUAAUAACUGAAAACUGGAGACCUCUACCUUCAACCGUUAUGGAAACACUAUUUGAAAAAUGGAUAGUGACAAUAUGGUUGCUGUAGCAAGGGUUCAACAUACUAUAUUCGCCAUAUUAAUGGCUUGGCUUAAAGUAAUCUGUGAGAAAUCUUUAUUAGCACCUGAAAAAUUUGUCGGUCCAUUUUGGAGGCAAAUAGAGAAAACAGCAGCACUAAAAGGGUGCCAAGUAACUGUUACAGAAAUUAUAGUUAGUUAAACUGAAACUACUUCUGGAGUGGUUUUAAUAUGCCUAACCGUUUCAGUUUGCCUGGGUGCUCUUAGUACAGUAAUUAUUGUUGAUGUCUGGUUCAGGUUGACUAAUGUUGCAUUUGUGAUAGCAUUUGUUCGUAGCCUUAGAUUUACCAAUAGGUUAUGAAUAAAGAAAUCCUAAAUUUA